AUGGGAGAAAAGAUGCUCUUGGAUCCUCCUCAAGAAACUAAAUCCACCUUGGAAGAAGAGUAUUCUGUAGUAGAUUUUCCCACAUUAACAAAUGAUCACCAUUCACCUGUUCCUGUACCUGAUGUCCCUUCCUCACUACAUACAGAAUUUCCUGUAGACUGGAGUAUUAAAACUCGAAUUCUGUUCACUUCCUCCCAACCUUUCACUUGGGCAGAACAUUUAAAGGCUCAAGAAGAAGCACAAGGGUUUGCUCAGCACUGUAGAGCAACAGAAGUUAAUCUGCCACAGAGCAUACAGGAACCAAAGCUGUCCACAGAGCUUCGCUGUGCAUUCCAGCAAAGUCUUAUUUAUUGGCUUCACCCUUCACUGCCAUGGCUGCAGCUGUUCCCUCGAAUUGGAGCAGAUAGGAAAAUAGCUGGAAAGGCUAAUCCUUGGUCACAUGAUGAAGAACUGCAACAAGUUCUAAUGAGUGAAUGGUCUGUCAGUUUUACCUCCCUGUAUAACCUGCUCAAAGCCAAGCUUUGUCCCUACUUCUAUGUUUGUACCUACCAAUUUACUGUGCUGUUUCGUGCGGCUGGCCUUGCAGGAAGUGAUGGUAUCACAGCAGUCAUUUCACCCACGACCAGAGGUUUAAGAGAAGCCAUGAGAAAUGAAGGUAUAGAAUUUUCUUUACCUUUCAUAGAAGAAACUAGAGACAGAAGGCAGAGAAGUUCUGAGACAAACUUGGAAGCAGAGGUUGCCAAGAAUUUUGGAGUAGGCAAGCACACUGAAGAUGAAGAGGAACAAGGAGUGAGUGAUGAUGAAGAAGAAAGUUUUUCUUGGCUUGAGGAGAUGGGAGUUCAAGACAAGAUUAAAAAACCAGAUGCAAUUUCUAUCAAACUCUGUAAAGAAAAACAUGAGGUGCAAAUGGAUCAUAAGCCCGAAUCCUUGGCAUUGGUGCGAGGAAUAAACACAUUCACUUUACUAAACUUCUUGAUAAAUUGCAAGAGUUUAGUGGCCAGUGCAGGUCCUCAAGCUGGGCUUCCACCAACGCUGUUGUCCCCAGUUGCUUUUCGAGGUGCAACAAUGCAAACACUUAAGGCUCGAAGUAUAAACGUGAAAACCCAGGUUCACUCAAGUUAUAAGGAUAUAUUUAGCUUGGAGAUCAUGGGCCCUGUCAUGCCUCAUUCCCUGCACUCAUUGACAAUGCUGCUCACAUCUGCCCAAAAGGGAGCCUUUUCUGCUGUAUUGUACGCCCACGAGCCUACAGCAGUGUUUAACACUAGGCUUGACAUGGAGAGGAUCUUACGUAAGGAAAUGUUAUGCACAGACCUUACUAGAUGUGGACUACAUCCUAAAACCUUGGAUCAACUGGCUGGGAUUUCAGCAUUGGGGAAGUCUUCUAUAAGAUUCCUAGAAAUGAAAGACUAUGCAUAUACUUGGAAGUCCUAAGUGCAUUAUUUUAGCUGAUGGAGCAGGACUAGCUGUUGUUUCAUCAGUGUUCUACAGUUGCUGUUGAGCUAACCCAAACCAGUGUGGUCUCCUGCACGUGUAGCCUACUUGCAAAACCUCUUGGAUGUAACAGAUGAGAACUAGUACAUAACAGCACUGGUAAGGCAACCUCAGGUAGAAGAAUAUUUUAAAUUGUCCAGCAAGAUCACUAGCUGUUUUCCAGCUCUGAAACAUCUUCAUUUUAUGCUUUUAAAAUAAACAUCUUAAACUAAGCCAUCUCGAAUGUUCUGCUCUUUGGAGUUAAGGUAGAGUCUGUGUUUUAAUUAAGCUGUAUCGGGAUCACUUCUAAAACUUUUUGGGGUGACAUCUACUGCUGCUUUUGUGAAUCUUGCUUUAUUUAUUCACGUAGUGCCCAUUUAAGUGCUAAUGUUUUUAGAGGUCAAACUUUUCACUUUAUUUUUACUUACCUAAAGUUCACAGGAAGCAGAUCUGGCAACUAGAAGGAAUGAGUUUUGAUAAGAUCAGCUGAAUAAUUUGUCUUCAGAGUACAAACAUGAACAGCUUUUGCUUUUUGACAUGCUAUUCAGCUAAAAUCGGUAUGUGGUUUUGAAUCAGGCAUGAUAAUGGUAGCAGCAUUCAGAUUAACUCAUUUGCUUAACAGGUACCUCAUCACCUUAUUCCAUUCUGAAUGAACUCUACACCUACUAGAACUGCUUUAAAACUAAUUGUACAGUCUGCAGGAUACCCUCAUCUUAGUUAAGGGGCUCUGGUACUGAUGUGGCUACCUAACCCUCUAGAAUGUUUUACUGCGUGUUCGGUGUUAGAACCUGGAUACUGUUCAAUGACCACUGAAGUAGGUAGUUCUGAUCUGUCAUUACAACUUAAAGCCAGUUUCUUAAAUGCCUCAACAAUACCAAGCAUUUCAUCUGUAUCAAGUCUGAGGGGCCUACAACCACUUAAGCUGGAUGGACUAUAUACCAGUGAUCCAAAGAAUCAUCAUUUGCAUAUCAGCAGCAUUCUAGCAUAACUUGUCUGAAGCACCAGCAUUUUAAACUAUCAGAAUCUACCAAUCAUGUACAGAUAGAGCUGGUCUCAUGGUGGAAACAGCCAUAAUUAGUGCAAGACAGGUCCAGUCUGAGUGAAAAAUGCAAACUUCAUUACAAGAAACCAGUGCCAAUGAUUGCUUACAGGUGUGUAAUCUCAAAACAUUAACACUUAAGAUUUUAAUAAUAAGUUAUCCAUUUACACUUUCAUAUGCACUUGAUUAGGUGAAAAAUAACUGAAUUAAUUUCCCGUGGAUACUUGUGCAACAUCAUUCUGAAAUUGUGACUUAAGCCUGAACUUUCCUUUCCAAACAGACAAUUCCCUUCCUUACAAGUCCCUGUUAGGCUGUUGCCUUCUUUGAACAGUAUUUGCACUUAAAGCUUUGUUUGAAUUUUAAAUGCUGACACAGCAGACUAAAUUUAACUUGCGCUACUUCCAAAGGUAUAGUGUAAACUCUUGCACCAUGAACAAAUAUGACCAGUGACACAAUCACUACUAAAGUCAUACUUAUUUUAACCUGUCCAGAUAUAUUGUUACUAUGUAAUUUUUGGGUAGACAGCUAGGUAGACACUUGCUAGUUAGUUUCUGGCCCAUGGAAAGGUGAUUUGGGAGUGCAUUUAAGCAAGAGCUGCAUGUUCCUACUAGUUAAGAUAUUUAUAUUGUCUUCUAAAGUUAUAUAGAAUGGUUCAGGAGGUCUGCAGCCACAGGAAGACCAAGAUUUCUGCUGAGCAAAGGUUUUGUCACAACAAGGAGAGAUUAAAACUUUUUUAAUGAACACUGAUAUUCUAAAAAUAGUUUAUGCAGCAAGGUAUGGAUUCCACAUUCAUGCAAGCUGCAGGACCCUUCUUACUUUUCACAGCCUCUCUAAAAGUAUGCUAGCUUUAAGACAGCUAAAGUUCUGCAGAAACACAUGGUGCCGGGUACAAAACCCAGUUCUCUAUGCCAUUCUCUGCUAUUAUACCAUACUUACCUAUUCUUCCUGAAGAUUUUUCAGCUACUGCAAAACAGGAGGCAACCAAUGACUUUAUUUAACAAAUAAGGCUGAGCGGAGUAUAAUUAUGUAAUUAAAAGAUAGUAGUGAACAGACUAUUAAUUCAAAUACCUUCUAAAUGCCUCAACUUGCAAUCCUAAUAUGAUUUGAACUCUGGAAUUUCUCUUCUAACAGGAACCCCCCUCCCAUCAGUAUGUGCUAUUAUCCCCUAGACCACAAUAAAAGUAUUGGGUAUGAGGUGUCUUUUGCAUACUUUUACUAAUUCUUUGAAAGUGUUUCUUCAGCUGUCAAAAUGCCUUAUAUAAAUAAAGCGGGGUGUAGGAAUUUAGACAAUCUAACCAAGCCCAGAUUUGCCAUUACCAAGAGCAACUAAAUGGAUGGAACUUGUCUAUCACAUUAAACAGGUAGGUUCACCUUCCAGUUUACCAUAAGUGACCUUCUGGUAUACCACUGACCCUCACUUAUCUGGUCCCCAGAUCAGGUACUUGGCCCUUACAGCAUUACAAUAAAGCCUUGUUUAGUAAUGAGGAUAGUGAAAGCAUCCAGAAUUAGUGUGUGUUCAUGGAGGAAACAGGAUUGGAAUGUUGUUAUCUCUAGGUUUCUGUUGCAAUUUGAGGGAUAUAGGUUGUAGCGGUUUGAUGCACAGGAAAUAUAGUUUCCCCAUCCCAUAAAAAGCUCUGUGUAUUUGUAAUGAUAAGAUGCAAAAUGCUAACAU